AUGAAUGCCGAGAUUGCGUGCCACGUCAUGAAAGGAAACCCGAUGGCCCAUGUGCUAAACAAGAUGGGGAAGGUCGUGAAUGGGCAGCGCGUCUAUUCGAAAUACAACAAGGAUUGCCAAUUGUUCCCGGAGUUGCUCGAGAAAUCCACCAACGUCGAGGCACCUUCACACCAGUCAACUGGCAAGCAGAACACGUAA